CGGAAAGCAGCAGACUACAUCUUAUCUUUGUUGUUUUUGUGAAUUUUGUAGUACGUGCCCUCCCACCACUUCAAGCCUGCUCCGACAUGUUGACGCUCGAAGGAAAUCGACCAUAGAAAAACAUCUGAUUCUGAUCGUCGUCUUGUCCUCACCUGAACGCUUUUCUUCGAAAUGCAGAGAACCAACUCACCUGGAUAGACAACCUUAAACCGCGGAAGGAGUAAAGAAGACACAGACUCUCUUGAGUGCUGUUAAGGAGUUAAGUUAAUGUUGUUAUAAGAAAAAAAGAAACUGUUUUCAAACAUGGUUCGGUUGACGAUAGACUUGAUAGCACGGGUGAACACUCACACCAAGAGGAAACGCGACGAGCCACUGUCACAAUACCUGCGGAGACUCACACAUCUCUACUUCCAGGAGAGACAUAUCGAUGAAAUAGAUGACCUGUCCCUGUGUAAGAACCUGUCAGUGUUGUACCUGUAUGACAACAGGAUUGCCAGGAUACAGAACCUGCACUUCGCCUCCAACCUCACUCACCUGUACCUGCAGAACAACCUCAUCAAUAAAAUAGAGAACCUGUCUUUGUUACGGAGAUUAGAAAAACUGUACCUAGGAAAUAAUGAGAUCACGGUUGUGGAAGGUCUGGACAAACUGGAGAAUCUGAAGGAGCUGCACAUAGAGAACCAAAGACUGCCGCCUGGGGAGAAGUUACUGUUUGAUCCCAGGUCCAUCCAAGCCUUGUCGGCGGCGCUGUGCGUCCUGAACGUCUCUGGGAACAGCCUGGAGGACCUGCAGGACUUCCGGUGCCUGGGCGGUCUGAACCAGUUCAUGGCGGCAGACAACCAGCUGGAGGACAUGAAGGAGCUGGCGCAGGUUCUGUCGGGGUGGCCCAGCCUGUGGAGACUGGAGCUGGUGGGGAACCCGCUCUGCCGCAAGGCCAAGUACAGGGACAGGGUCAUCGUCAUGUCCGGAUCACUCGGUAAGGCAGCACCAAAAAACUCACUGUGCAGUGAGGAAUUCCACGGGCGUGCAAGGUCAGCGCAGCGCGAGGACAUACACGCGUGCGAACUCAGCACAGCGCGAGGAACGGCACGCGUGCAAACAAUCGCGGAAAUGAGUAUCGGCACGCGUGCAAACCGACGUGUAAAAGUUGAGAUAACCCCAUCAGAAGAGGAUGAUCCACCUGAGUCUUUAGACUCCUCGGAACUUGCAGACCCUGAAAUUGCAUUUUUGAGGAAACUGUUUGGACAUUCGGGGCAAAAUUUUCCCAUGAUGCCCCGGGACAGCCUCAGGCUUCAGCCUCUCCUGAAGCUACCCAGCAUGCCCCUGGAGGACCAGGCUGUUGACGAGUUGGGCAAUGUGGCCCGUUGUGAACUGCCACCUCUCCAGCUGCCCCACGCUCCUCUCAGAAACUACAUCAUGCCGGGCCUCCCGGGAGCACGGAAACAGUUUGAGGCCAUCCUGGCACGAUCUCGCAGCCUGCCCGGCUCAGCAGACGUCAUGGGGCGGGGCGACAUGCUCGCACAGAAGACCGAGAUCAUCGCAGAGUUGCCAAAGAAGAGCCUGAGCGACCUCCAGGCACCCAUUAGAUCCAGGUACGCGAGAAUCCUAGUGGGUGAACCCGGGGGCACGCCGAUUCCGAGAGACCUGCCUCCACCAAUCAGAAGUUCUCCUGUCCUCAGACCGUCGCUCCAAGCGAAAGCCAUCGACGUGCGCAGCUCCAACCAAUUUGUAGACUCCAAGGUUCUGUGAUGGUGUUUAAAUGUUGCUCACACAUUCCUCCUCAGCUUGUCUUAAAGGUAUCAAAUGCAAUUUCAGGGCGGCAAAACUGGAUUUUCAAAGUCAAUUUUGGGGGCAUUCUUUUAGUAAGUUGAAGUUUCACUGAUGGAAAACGGUUCCUUGUUUUGUAUUGUAGGCUGGUGAUAGCUAUUUAUGGGUGGUAAAAAAAAUGUACCAGAAACCCCAAAACAUCAAGAGACACUUCAUGUAGCUUGUUUUUGGGCUAUGCUUCAAGUAUCAAAAUAAUGAUGUCGAAAAUGUGCUAAGAAAUGUCAGUAAAUGUCAAUAUGUAUCAGGAAGAUUUCUUCAUCCAGAAUAUUUGUUUGUUUUACCUCCCUGAAAUUGCAUUAUACUCCUUUAAGGGACCAAUUGACAUAAUGUAUAUAAGGAAUGUUAAUAAUUGGACAGGAGGUAGUAUUGUGAAUAUUACCACUGUUCAUGGGAGGUCACUACCUGACUAUCAGGCCCCAUUCCCAAUAGGAUAAAAUUGUUCGGAUCAAGCCAAAUCGAUUCGGUUCGAAGCAGAAUCAAAGCCAGAUCAAACCAAAUCAAUUAGGCUCAACCCGGACAAUUUUAUCCUGGUGGGAAUGGGGCCUUGCUGUUAGAACUGCCUCCAGUUUGAAUAAAUUUAUGUAUAGACCUGUCACGUGGACAGCUUAUCAUUUUAUAAUUGACAUUGAUGGCUGUAUAAAAGCUAUUAUUUUUAAUGUGACUGCACUUGUGAUUGCACUUGAUUUACUGAUGAUGUACGUUAUUUGGGGGGCUGAGAGGAAAUUAUUCUCAAGUGUAAAGCUACAUGUCUUCAAGAGACAAAUACAUUUAUUGGUGUUUUCUUGGCAAUAUCUGCCCAGGGUUUGAAGUACCCACUCUCGCCAUGCAAGUUGGGUUUUUCUGUACGAGAUGCCAAGUUGUCCACAAGUUAUCAUAUUUUUUUUCAUACAAAAGUACAUUUUUCAAAGUUUACAGCGGUUUGGCUUACAGCUUCUAAAAUAAACUGUGUCCUGCCACGGCCAGCAUGUGAGUAAUACCUUUACAGGUGGCCUGGCUUAUGGCUAGCCUUCUAAAAUAAUCAGCCGGUGUUGAUGGCAACCUGAAAUACUGAUAGGCAACCUAGCUUUUGACUUAGGUUGCCCAGUUAGCAACCUGAGAAAAAAAGUAUUUCAAACCCUAAGGCCUGCCUCACAGCUGAAAAUGUGCUGUGUAAGCUUUGAUGCUCAUGUUAGCAAUGGUUUGCUAGGUUCGGUUGAGGAACCGGAAACAACAUUUUUUCUCUAGGACUACAUGUAACACAGCAAACACAACAAUUGGGUACUUGGUGGGAAUUAUAAAUAAAUUACAACUCCUAUAGUUUUUAAUUUUUUUUAUGCCUAUACAAAAUGUACCACUGGUAGCUAUUGUGCACCAUUCUUGUGCAAAAAUCUGUGAUAGAAGGAAGUUAGGCCCCAUUCUCACUAGGAUAAAAUUGGAUCGAGCCGGCCAAAGCGAAUCAAUCCGGUUUGAUGUGGAGAAUUUUAUCCUAGUGGGAAUAGGGUCUAAGUGCUGGUUUUGUGCAUGUAUGGGAUGUGAUUUGGUCAUUUUGUAUGUAUACAGUACAGUGCCACACAAGGGCUGACCCUCAAUGCAAAUAACGUUAACUUUGCCAAAGAGGACCGUACAUUGUCCUGCCAAGACAGAUCUUCAAAGUGAAACAUCUGCUGACUGCUGCUAUUUUCCUUACGCACUUGGAAGUGUUGUAUUUUUUUUGUAACUUAUAAUAUCUACAUACAACAUAACAUUUUUGUGCCAUGUUUGUUUUGGAAUGUUAUUUUGUGACUUGGUCAAGAAAAUGACUAUCUUUUGCACGUGGAAAUAUAUUACGAACAGGUACUGUAUUUGUACAUGCACUACUCAAAUGGGUUCAGUCCACCAGUUUGUAGCUUGGAAGUGAAUGACAAACUGAGAUAUGAACAAGAGUCACAAUAGACAUACAAACACUGUAUUACCGCUGGUGUGGAGUUGACUCUGUUGCGCAAAUGUUGAAAUAAAGUGUACAGUACGGCAUCUGUGACUGGUGUAAUUACUUGAUGUACUGUUUUAUUCCUCCCAAAUGCUCACCCAUUCACCUAUUUUACCCACCCCCUCAAGUGCUGGACAAUGGACCUAUCACAUUAUUACCUCACAGUUUGUUCACCUGUUCUAAAGAACAUUCUAGAACCGUCAGUUAAAGAAUAAAGAUCAUUUCAAAGUCAGGUAUGUUUGAUUUUUGCUUUGUCUAGUUUUGUUGACAGCAUUACUAGUACUACAUGCCGUUAUUUGGUGAUUUAGUUCUGACACUAGACAUAGUACUGUGUAAAGGAAUUAUACAUGUAUAAAGGCUAACGCUACACAAACACACACCGUGCUACGCACCCCUGUACAAUAUAAACGUGGAUUGACCGGUAAUAAUGUGAUAGGUCCAUUGGUAGAGAAUAAUUUAAGUCCCAUCAACAGCUAAGCAAAUAGAGUUAAAUCAUUGGUGAAAGUUCUUGUUCCAUAUGGUUAUUAUUUCAUAAUUAUGGUUGAUGUCUAGUACAGGUUAGAGUAGCGCUGGAAUGCU